AUGUCCAACAGCAGCUCCAUCACCCACUUCCUCCUCCUGGCAUUCGCAGACACACGAGAGCUGCAGCUCUUGCCCUUCUGGCUCUUCAUGGGCAUCUCCCUGGCUGCCCUCCUGGGCAACGGACUCAUCAUCACCGCUGUUGCCUUUGCCCACCGCCUCCACACCCCCAUGUACUUCUUCCUCCUCAACCUCGCCCUCCUUGACCUGGGCUCCAUCUCCACCACUGUCCCAAAAGCCAUGGCCAAUUCCCUCUGGGACAGCAGGGCCAUUUCUUAUGCAGAUUGUGCUGCCCAAGUUUUUCUUGUUUUCUUUUUGAUGUCAGCAGAAUUGUGUCUUCUCACUGUCAUGGCCUAUGACCGCUAUGUUGCCAUCUGCAGACCCCUGCUCUACAGGACCCUCUUGGGUAGCAGAGCUUGUGUCCAUAUGGCAGCAGCUGCCUGGGGCAGUGGAUUCCUCAAUGCUGUGCUGCACACUGCCAAUACAUUUUCAAUUCCCCUCUGCCAAGACAAUGUUUUGGACCAGUUCUUCUGUGAAAUCCCCCAGAUCCUCAAGCUCUCCUGCUCAGAUGUUUCUCUCAGGGAAGUUGGGCUUCUUGUGUUUGGUGUCUGUACUGCAUUGGGGUGUUUUGUUUUCAUUGUGGUGUCCUAUGUGCAGAUCUUCAGGGCCGUGCUGAGGAUCCCCUCUCAGCAGGGACAGCACAAAGCCUUUUCCACGUGCCUCCCUCACCUGGCCGUGGUCUCGCUAUUUCUCAGUACUGCAGUAUUUGACCACCUGCAUCCCCCCUCCAUCUUGUCCCCAUCCCUGGAUCUUGGGGUGGCAAUCCUGUACUCGGUGGUGCCUCCAGCAGUGAACCCCCUCAUCUAUGCCUUGAGGAACCAGGAAAUCAAGGAUGCCUUAUGGAAACUGAUGCAAAGGACGCUGUUUCACUGA